AUGAUCUAUGAGUGGCUUUUCAUCUGGGUAUUUCUGGGUUCCAUCCAUGCUGAUCAGCAGUACUACGACUCAUCAAGUUGUUCCUCACAUGAGCCUCACCAACCACCAGGUUCCAGGUAUAAUUGCAGUUCAUCCCAGAAUUCAUCAUGUCAAACAUUUUUGGUCUAUAGAGCUCAACAUAAAUUUCAAACAAUCUCACAAAUUUCUGAGUUGUUCAACAUGGAUUCUCAUCGGUUGAUGCUUAAAUCGAACAAUGUAUCAUCUACUCUUCAAGUUCUGAGUAUAGGCAGAGAAGUUCUUGUUCCUAUUAAUUGUUCUUGUUCUGGUAAGUUCUUCCAGGCAAGUUUCAGCUAUCAAAUUCAGGAGACAACAACAUCUAUCCCAGAGAUUGCUUGUGGAGUUUUUGAAGGAUUGGUGAAAUCCCAGACAGUUUUCAACGAAAACCAGUUUGAAUUUCAGGUUGGUUCCAAACUUGAUUUGCCUUUGAAAUGUGCUUGUUCUGAUAGAUUUAGUACUAGUGAAAUGAAGUACCUUGUCACAUACCCUUUUGUCUUAGGAGACUCAUUGGAUAUUUUGAGUGAGAAAUUUGGUAUUUUGACUCAAGAUUUAUUGGCUGUUAAUCAUUUAGAACCCAAGGCUACUGUGUAUCCAAAGACAACUAUUUUGGUUCCAUUAAAUUCAGAACCAUUCAUCAAUUUCUCUGUGUCAGAUUCUCAACCUCCAGGUCCUGGUUUUCUCCCUACAAAAACUGUGGACAGAAUACGGAGUGCAAAAUUAAGGAUUAUGUACUUUGUAGGUUCAGUUAUUGGGUUUUGUUUACUGCUUCUAGCGCUAGUUGUAUUUGGAAUUUAUGUGAAGAGGAUGCGAAUAUGGAGGGGAGAAAGGCUGCAAUCCUUCACAACUCAAGAUUCUCCAAGUUUGAUAUCAUAUUCCCCGACUAUGUGCUCUCCACAAUGGGGUAAACCCAAGCAAAGUUCAACGAGUUCGUGCUUGUCACCUGACCUUCUUAUAGGAAUAAAGUACUCGUUAAUCAAUUAUAGCACGGAAGAUCUUAAGAGAGCAACUAAAGUCUUUCACGACGAUAAUAAGAUUGGUGAUCAACUCUACAAGGGUUUAAUCCGUGAAGUUGAAGUAAUGAUCAAGGAAAUAAAAUUUGAAGAGAGUAAACGAGUUAUUGACAUGUAUUCAAAGAUUAAUCACAUUAAUAUUGUGACUUUGCAUGGCGUCUGCUAUGGAGAAUCCGAACAUUCCUCAUCAUACCUUGUUUUUGAGUUUCCUGCCAAUGGUUGCUUAAGGGAUUUUUUGUCUAGCCAAUCUUGUAAUCUUCAUUGGCGUAGGCGGAUACAAAUAGCUUUCGACAUUGCAACAGGUUUGCACUAUCUUCACUUUUGUAUUUUUCCCUCAACCGGUCACGUAACGAUAACUAGUAAAAACAUUUUUGUCACAUCAAAUUUGAGGGCGAAACUUGCAAACAUCAAGGCUUCAAAGGCAAAUGAUCCAAUUCAACCCAUACAAAGUCUCAACACAUCCGAGCACACUUUUCGUAGUACAGUUAUCUCCGAAAAGGCAAACAUCUUUGCGUUCGGGGUUGUCUUGCUUGAGCUAAUCUCGGGAAGAGAAGACAUGGACAAGAAAUUAUUGAUAGAUUCGAUCGGUUUUUUGGGAGGAAAAGAAGGAGGAGGAGGAUGUAUUGAGCAACUAAAGAACUUCAUGGAUCCUUGUCUUAAAGGCAAUUAUCCUCUGGCAGAUGCCUUAUGUUUAGCUAUUCUAGCAAAGACCAGCUUGGAGGAUAAUCCUUUACAUAGGCCUUCAAUUGAUGACAUUAUUAAAGUUCUUUCCAGAAUGGUUGAUCACAAUUAA